CUGAGCGAGGACUUGGUACAUUCCGUUUGUUGCUGCUGUAGCUAGUAUGUCACCAAUUCAGUAGUAGCAUAACAGUCAGCCUAACAUUAGCUUGAACGAGGUCUGUCGAGAAGAGUUACAAAUAAACAAACAAUAGAAAGAGACUAACAAGCAGUCACAUAGGCAGUGGAAAAGCCCGGACGAGAGAGAAAAACAAGGAAUUACGCUGCUGUUUUCUCCGCGCCCAGUUGCCUUCCUUUGUUUGGCGUCCCUGAUAUGACCCUGUUUAAGAGUGAACACCGCAGUCCAAGAUAUAUGAGCAUGAGUGGGGAGCUGAAGCCCGUUCGUCCCAGGACCGCGGGCAAGCGAGCCAGCAGCACUUCCUAUGGGGGCUGGACCUGGGCUGAUAGAGCUGUUCUCCCCUGGACAGCAGGGAGACAAACCCAGGGGGGCCGGAGGAGAGAUGGUGGGAGGAUGGAAGACGCUGCAGAAGGCAGGACGGACUUCGACGUGGAGUAUGACAGCUACCAGGAGGACUACUAUGACAGGGUGUACGACUACCAGCGCGUGCCCGCCCCCCUGCACCCGCUCCCCCAUGGACCCAGCCAGGCCAAGAGACCCCGCUCGUCCUCCCACUCCUCCGGCCACAGACGCAGCCGGGACAGAACUCACUCCAAGCUCUCCAGAGCCAAGUCCACUAGUUCAACCCCGGCCAAGCUGAGGAUGGAGGAGCUGCAGGUGAUUAAGCGGGAGCUGACUCUGAUUAAGACACAAAUUGAUGGGCUGCUCGACAGCCUGGACAAGAUGGACACCCAGAAAAACAACCACAAAGGGUCUCCAUUGAGGGAGGACAGUCCGGCCGGCUCCCCGUACCCUCCCUCCGCCAGCAGCCCAGAGCAGUCCCUCCCCCCUCUGUCUCCCCCUAGCUCCCGCCAUAGAGUCCAGAGAGAGAGCCCCGAGCUGGGGGAGGCCACCGACGACGAGCACCACUCGAUAAGCAAUCACAGCUCUGACCUUGAGGAGGACAUGUGAGACUGGAGCGAAAGACAAGUGUGCCAAACACACCGGAAGCAAGAACCGCCAUCCUGCCAUCCAUCGCCCCCCCCCCCCUCCCCGCCCCCAUCACAGGCCCCGCCUCCCCAGUGCACCACACGGAACCGGAGCAGAACGCACCCAGGAAGUGUCUUCUCUCUCGUACCUAAUAUACUAAGUUCUUAUGGUGCAGCCCCAUAGUCCCGUUAAACCUGUCUCCUUUCCUCUGUUCCUCGCUGUGAUAAAUCUAUUAUAAAAAAGAGGAUGUGCAAGUACACCACAUACCUUCACACACAACCUUCACCCCCCCCCCAUCCCCCUUCCCCCCCUAGACCCAUCACUCACGGUCACCUUUUUGACCGUGCGUUUUACUCUAAAAACCUAGAAUAGUGUUUCUCUCCAUACAUAUUGAAUAUUGAAUGAAUCGCGAGAUUGGUUUGAAGGUGAUUAAACGACAACAAUCACAUCUUCUGCUUGCUGUCAUGUUGCUGACGUCAGAUGGCUCAUAGUAACACCAGGCCCUCGUUUCCACCUUUGUCAGCCCUGCUUCAAGGUCUUUGAAUAUAUAUAUCAUUAUCUCUUCCACUCCGGGCAAACCCUACCCUGUGUGUCCCCGUCCCCUUCACCCGUCCCUCCGACCCCCUCGGCUGUGUUCUCGUUUGCUUUGGGAGUUUGUUUUUAUUUGUUCUCUCUUUUUUAAGUCAUUAUGCUCUAUUGUAAUUAUCAAGAUGUAACACGUGUUGUGAGUGUUCGGACACACAGGAAACACUCAAUAGACCAGUACUUAAAGGUAUUUUCAGACUGACGUCAAAAUACCUGUGUUUUGUACUGGGUCUUACCGUAGAAUGGCCACACUAAAUGAAAUAGAAAAAAGCGUUGUUGUUUUUUCUGUAUUUGGGGGGUGUUGGUUGGGGGGGUAGAGCAGCUAUCACUAAGAUCAUCAGACCAACAUGUUUUCUUUGCUAAUUAUUAAAACAAAAAACCUUUCCACAUUUGUGCAAUACCGAACACUUAUGAAGGCAAAUUAAGGAUAAGUACAUCAAGUUACAUAAUAUAGCAUGUUUUUUUUUUAGCAAUAUGUACAUUGAAACAAAUUGUGACAUAUGGAUAAAUAUAGUUUGAAAUAUCAACGUUGGUGUUCAGGUGUGGAGAUAAUUGUAAAUGGUAUAUUGGCAAAUACACGGGAUGAUCAGCACAUCAAAUAUCGUUUUAAAGUGGGGUGGGGGUAAGCACAGCAAUGGAGGACAGUGUAUUCAAAAUAUGAAAAAAGCAAUUGUAUUGUUCCUUGGUAAAAUAAACUAUUAACCAUU